GGAACUGGAAAGCUGUGCGCGUGGUAAUACUUUGCUGUCCAGUAGUUAGGUUAAACAAGUUGCUAUCCGAUGACUAUAAGGCGCUAUCCGAUGAUUAGUUCGCUGUAUUUAUUUUGUCUUCUUCUCUUGAUGUAUGGUGGGCUUAGGCAAGCAAAAGUCUAUGGGUGAGUCGCGUUCCGGGCGGAUAAAGUCGGCCAGGCCUUUCUACUCGAAGGAGUAGACACCUUUAACAUCCCUCAGUGCUGCCGUAGAAGAAGACUAGCGCGGCCUGAGAAGAAGACUAGCGCUGUCCUCAUUGAGGAGAGGCGCAAAUACCAAGCCGAGUACUACAGGCGCAAGAAGAUGGAAAGCAAACAGGAGCAAGUAAAUCUGCAUAACGCGCGGCGGAAAAGUGUCGGAGUCGACUCAACGAACCCGCCCGAGUCUCGUAGUUUCGUCUGCUCGCAAACUGUUCCGGCAGGUCUAGCCACGACAAAAACAACUUCGCCGCCAUUGCAGUCGAAUGGCCCAGCUCACACAACUAAUUCUUCCUCGGCGUCGUCGUCAUCUCUAGGAGUCAAGAACACCAGGAAGCGAGCAGGUGCCUGCCAAGGACCAGAACAGGAGACACCGAAUAAGUCUACCAAAAGCAGGAUGGUGGGCGUCACCAUUGGCGCCUCUGUUGAAUCCGCAGGCGCGGCAAUCCAAGAUUCCCCGUGUGGCGAGUUUUUCGAUUUGGCUGAUGAUUUCGAUUUUGAUCAUUGGUUCGAUGUGGACGACGACGGGGACGCUUUGGACCCCGACGAUACGGCAGGCGCCGAGAUGUCAUUUCUCGCGUGGAAUCUGGCGGGCCUCACUAACCGCGGCACCCUCCGCAAGUACAUGCGCGAGCAGCAACCCAUCGGCGAAAUUUACAACGAAGUGCGUAGAGCUAACAUCAAACGGGAAGAACUCUCCUUGAUCUGCAGCCAAGUGGACUCCUCUCAAAUUAGUGCUCACCCAUGUAGUCAGCCGCAGCUAGCGACUUCGAGCUCUACACGCGCGGACGUAGGUGCCGAGCGUCCUUUACCGAUCAACCACAGCAACGACAGCGAGGCCAGCUAUGGAAGGGGAUUCAAUAACGUGCGGCACUACCUCCAGGGCUGCACCGUCAGCGAGGACGAUAGUCACACUUCCUCCGGGGGUUGCGCUGCAGGGUGGCGCUUUAAGCCGGACCUUCAACCUCGUGUAGCCGAUGAAGAGUUUGCGUGCGCUGUACUCACCGAGAGGCCACGACUCGACGCGGGCGACAACUUAGUCCAGAACACCACUUCGACGCGCGCCGGACAGCGCGCACUUUGGUGGGCGGUGUCUCGGAAGCACGACAUAACCCAGGGCAGGUGUCCGUGUAUGUGCGUCAUCCCAAGUAUGACGUUUUCGAUCUCGUGCACGUUCAAGAGCAAACUCGGGAAUUAA